AAUUAGGAAAGCACGUGGGUAGGAACGGGCAUGAGUUCCGUUGGCACCGAAAAGCGAGAGACGCUCCUGUACGUUGGAUCCAGUGGUCUUUCUCUCCCUCCUUUCGCUUACAAAUUUGAAUUUCAAAUCACACACAACUCACAGUAACCCCCCUAUUUUCCCUCUCUCUCGAUUCACAAUCAAAACAAGUCAUCAUCAUCAUCAUCAUCGUCACAUCAUCAUUAACGGGCGAGUCUGCAAAUCUAGGGUUCUGUUACAAUUUCGACAAUGGAGAAGUACGAGAAGCUAGAGAAAGUAGGAGAAGGAACAUACGGGAAAGUAUACAAAGCGAAAGAUAGAGUUACAGGCCAAAUAGUGGCCCUCAAGAAAACACGUCUCGAAAUGGACGAAGAAGGCAUCCCUCCUACCGCUCUCCGCGAAGUCUCUUUACUCCAAAUGCUCUCUCAAUCCCUCUAUGUUGUUCGCCUCCUCUCCGUCGAACACGUUGAUGUCAAUUCUGCUGAUGAUGACAACAUUAACAAGGAAAACGCCAUCUCUAAAUCUAACCUUUACUUAGUGUUUGAAUAUCUUGACACCGAUCUUAAAAAGUUUAUUGAUUCCCACCGCAAAGGUCCAAAGCCUACGCCGCUUGCGCCUGGUUUAAUACAGAGUUUCUUGUUUCAGCUUUGUAAGGGAGUUGCUCAUUGUCAUAGUCAUGGUGUACUGCACCGUGAUUUGAAGCCUCAGAAUCUUUUAUUGGAUCAGGAAAAGGGGAUUUUGAAGAUUGCUGAUUUAGGACUUGGACGUGCUUUUACGGUUCCUUUAAAGAGUUAUACACAUGAGAUUGUCACGCUUUGGUAUAGAGCUCCUGAGGUGUUGCUUGGUUCUACUCAUUAUUCUACUGCUGUUGAUAUGUGGUCUGUUGGCUGUAUCUUCGCUGAAAUGGCGAGAAGGCAAGCUCUGUUUCCUGGUGAUUCCGAGUUUCAGCAGUUGCUUCAUAUUUUUAGGUUGUUGGGGACACCAACUGAAAAACAGUGGCCAGGAGUGACUUCAUUUCGUGAUUGGCAUGUGUAUCCUCAGUGGGAGCCUCAAAACUUGGCGCGAGCUGUUUCAAGUUUGGGACCUGAUGGUGUUGAUCUUUUAUCGGAAAUGCUAAAAUAUGAUCCGGCAGAAAGAAUCUCAGCCAAAGCAGCUAUGGAUCAUCCGUAUUUUGACAGCCUUGACAAGUCUCAGUUCUGAAGCUGCAUGCGUGACUGGGAUUUUGUCGUAGGAUUUAUAUAACAGCUUUUGGAAGUUGUAUCUUCUUCUUCUUCUUCUUCUAUGCUGCGUUCAUUGAGAAGUUAGUUCUAUUAAUAGUGAUGUCAAAAAAUGCUUGGCUCAUCAUCUUGGUGAUUAAACAAUUGAACUUUUAAGUAUGAUAUAUGCGUAUUAAUCUAAUAUUGCAUGCCUUAGUAGCACUUCUCUCAAAUGUAUUUUGACAAUUCCAGAGAAUGAAAUUCAAUAGGUUAAUUUGCUUGGAUU